AUGGCCCGCCUCGAUCCUCAAUCCCAGUCCCUGAACCUCUCCACCUCCCUCCGCGAUGCUGUCGUUGUCCUGAGUGGCGGCUCGCGUGGCAUAGGCGCCGCCACUGUCUCUCUCCUCGGCUCCUAUGGCGCCAAAGUCGUCUUCGGCGACCUCGACGAGCCCAUGACACCUUCACCGCCAAACAGUACUUUCAUCCGCACCGACGUCCGGAACUACGCCGACAUCGUCAAACUCUUCAAGGCAGCCCUAGACCAACACGGCCGCGUCGACCAUGCCAUCUCCAACGCCGCCAUCAUGGAGAGAUCUGGCUGGUUCAGCCCCUCGCUCGGCAUCGAUGGCGUCGCCAACAUGCCGGACAUGGCCACUGAGGAAAUAAACCUUCGCGGGUCUAUGUGGUUUGCUCACGUCGCAGUGCAAUACCUCGCACAUGGUGCCGCAGGCGACGAGAACAAAUCACUUACCUUGAUGAGUAGCGUAGCCGGCUUCAAAGAGACACCCGGACUCUUUGCCUACCAGGCGGCAAAGCAUGGCGUCAUCGGCAUCAUGAGGAGUCUGCGACUGUACUUGCCCAAGGCUUUCAAGGUCAACAUCCGUGUGAACACAGUCUGUCCGUCGGCUACGAAUACGCAGAUGAUUGCCGGCAUCAAAGGCACAUGGGAUGACAGUGCCAUCAAGAUUAACAGCGUGGAGGAUGUAGGAAACAUCAUUGUCGCUAUCUGCGCCGCCGGGAAGGGAAGUCAGAGCGUCUGGUACGACGGGGUCAACAGUCAAGGCACACGAAGGCGGCGAAAUCGGGGUGGUAUGGACUGGGACGACGAUGAGAGGGAGGCACGGGGCAUGAGCGGUCGAUCGUGGGUGGUGAUUGCGGGCCAGGCGUGGGAUCUGGAAGAGAAUUUGGAUCGUACAGAGGACCUUUGGCUAGGCCUGGAGAGCAGCGAAGUGCUGGAGAAGGGACAGCGCGCACUGGGAGUUGGGGGAGACUGGAUUCCGUCUGGCGGAGCAAAAGGGCAGGAGCGACAGGUACCUGUGGUCCCAGACUCAUAA